UUUCACACACACAUAUUCAGCUAAGCUUAAACACAGUAAAGCACUUCCCUAAAGUCCUACAUACAGCUGAUCUAUCUGUCCAUCAGACGGUCAUAUUUCUCUUUCUGACAGACAGCGCGGUUUGGCUCGGCUCGAGUGAUGGACAUGAGGUAUCCGCUGAUACUAGCAGUGUUGUUGGCUCUGAUAAGGGACGGCAAGGGACAGACACCAACAGUGUUACUCCGGCCGAACUUCCCUCAGGUGUAUGUUGGAGAUGACGUCACUCUGAUCUGUAACCGUGAAGGAGGGAGUAAACCAACAACAUGGUAUCAUAAUGAAAAACCACAACAAUCAUAUCAGGAUUAUACAAUGCUGCUUACUGCAGUGACACCAGAAAACAACGGGUCGUAUACAUGUGAGCAGGGCGGUCUGACAAGUGUCCCAUUCACACUCAUUGUACUGGAGCUGGAGCCUCACGCUCAGCUCUCUCCAUCUGUAGGAGGUGCUGUGAUGACCAAAGGAGAUGGAAGAAACCUGGUGCUGCAGACAGAUGAUGAUCUGAAGGACUGGGCUUGUUAUGUGUUGAGAGGAGUGAGCACCUUUGUUUUAGGACUCGAUAUUAAUAAGGAGAUGAAGAGAGCUGUUAUAUUUGCAGAGUUAAAAGAGGCAGAAAGAGCAACUUUCUGGUGCAAGAAAAAGAAAGCACUUCUUCGAAGCAAUGCAGUGACGCUGAAAAUGACAGAGCUCCUGGUGAUGUUGGUUCCUCCGGCUGCUCCUGUCCUGCAGGGGGAGCCUGUGGCUCUCAGGUGUGUAGUCUGGGGUGGACCGAAACUGGAAAAUGUCGUCUUCUAUAAGAAUCAAAAAGAAAUCAUCAGCUCAUCUAAAGGCACAUACGACAUCAACAAUGCCACACAAGAUGAUAACGGCAAAUACAGCUGCCACGCCACCUACAGCUACAGCCACAUCAGUACAGGAGCUGCUAGGAAGGAAGGAGAUUCUGAUCUCCAGGAGUUAAAAGUUAUAGGUGGACCUGCUGCUGCAGUUAUUUCAGGGUCUGCAAAGAGUCUGCAGUGUUCCUGUCCUCGCUGUCCUAAAAACUGCACGUCCUACCACUGGUAUCACAAACUCUCUAAUGACCAACAGUCACACACAAGACUAUCUGAAAAUGGCAUGUCUGUUACUCCUGAGGAAGAAGGAGAGUACAGCUGUCGGUUUGACUGUGGGAAUGGUUUCUCCCGUUUCAGCGAUAGUUACAGCUACAAAGCACCACCACAGACGGUAAACGUGAUGCCCAUCAUGAUAGCGGUGAUUCUGAUUGUUCUCGGGCUGUUGAUCGUCUUGCUGAUCGCGCUGAAGCGCAGAAGUGGAGGAAGCGACGUACAGGCGAGCAAACGGGAUAAAGACAAGACGACAGGUGGAGAAUAUGAGCAAAUCCAACUCAAGGACAAGGAUCAGGCGGUUUAUCACACGCUGGGCGAGAGCACGGGCAAGGAACAAGUCAAAGACGAGGCCGAGGGGGGUUAUGAAGCCCUACAGAAGAAGCAAGAGGAGGGGGUGUACCACACACUGGGACAAGGAGAGGGUCAGGGUGAAGGUCAAGGUGGGUACGAGGCGCUCAAGAACGUCAAAGCCGAAGUCUACCAAACACUGAGUACAGAUGACACGAAAAAAACAGAAAAAGAAGCAGAGGAAGGGUACGAGCAACCUUCUCAGAAAAACAAAGAUUAUGAGACCGUGACAGUGGAGGAAAAUCCAUACGAAGAAGUGAAGAAACAAAUGGACAAAGAGAAGAAUGAAGAAACUCAAUAGUCAAUGGCGAUGCCUGCAUUCUCACGUUAAUGUAUUAAAUAUAAUGCAUUAAGGGCAUACUUGGUACUCCACCCAAAAAAGAGAAAUCAUUUUCACAUGCACACACAUAUACAUACAUAUAUGAUCUUGAUAUUUUAACCUGCAACUACAUCAAAAUCCCCCUCAAAAGUGAGUUUCAGGAGACCCAAUUUCACACUGAAGCAUUUCCAUAAAUAACUGGUGAAGAAACAGGCUAACAAACUUUAACUUUAACUUAAAAAUAUAUAUAUAUUAGUCUCAGUUUGCACGAAUAAAGUAGUAAACAAUAUUACAGUUAGCAUAAACAGAUUCACACAUUUAUGAGAAUUCAGAUACAUAGUUCUAUACAUAGGACAAAGAUGAGAAUUUAUUUUCUUUUUUUUUUUUAAGUUUAACGCAAUAGCACAGAUUUACAGCACAUAUAUAUCACACAUAAAUAAGCAUCAAGCAUACUCAGCAUAUACAGUAGUUUAACAUUUGCAACUGCAUUUGCACAGAAUCAAUUGUGAAUGUCUGUGAAUUUAUAGUUAUUCGGAUUAUGCUAUCUCUUAUAGAUAAGUAAUAUUUCUCAGCUUCUGUCACUCAUAUUCAACAGUAAAUGAAUUUGCACUGUAGCCUGUUUGCACUUUUUCAAUGUUACAUCAUGUUUAUUUUCAGAUUGCAAUUGUAGUUCAUGCACAUUGUUGUUUUUAUGACGCAUUUUAGACUUAAAGCAUUUUCAGCUUUAUUAUUUGAGGUUGUAUAUCAAAUAGAGCACAGCUGUAAAACUGAAUGCAAAAUGCAAUAUUACAUUUAUACUGCAAUGCAACUGUAGUUCAGUCUUUCUAAAAGGUGUCCAUCAUCAAACCCAGUCGUGUUGAGGUUCACCACAAGAGCUCAAUCCAGGAAUAAUUUAGUUUCCUCGUUACACACACUGGUUUGUCAUCACAUGUUUUAUUCCUGUUCCUCAUAAAAAUACUUGUGUAAUCCUGAGUGUCAAAAUAAAUUGAUUAUAAAUGAA